GGUCUUGGGCAUUGCAGUGGCAAGAAGACCCAGAGGUCCCCCCUCCUGUCUCUUGAACGGCCGUCGGGGCUACCGGAGAGGGCAAGGAUGGUGGAGGCUUUCUGUGCUACCUGGAAGCUGACCGACAGCCAGAACUUUGAUGAGUACAUGAAGGCUCUAGGUGUGGGCUUUGCCACCAGGCAGGUGGGAAAUGUGACCAAACCAACCGUGAUCAUCGGUCAGGAGGGGGACAAAGUGGUGAUCAGAACUCAGUGCACGUUCAAGAACACAGAGAUUAGUUUCCACCUGGGAGAGGAGUUUGAUGAAACCACUGCAGAUGACAGAAACUGUAAGUCUGUUGUUAGCCUGGAUGGGGACAAACUUGUUCAUGUACAGAAGUGGGAUGGCAAAGAAACAAAUUUUGUAAGAGAAAUUAAGGAUGGCAAAAUGGUUAUGACUCUUACUUUUGGUGAUGUGGUUGCUGUUCGCCAGUAUGAGAAGGCAUAGAAAGGCUCCUGAUCUGGGGUUGGAAAAGCUCUACAGUUUUUCUGUUUACUCAAGUCUCAGUGUUAUCCUAUUACAGCAUGGGUGAUCACUAACUAGAAGGUUAUCUUUGAUGUGGAGGUGGAAAAUGGUGCUUUAAAAACUUGUCUUAAAAACUUUUUACUGCCACUAGCCCAAUUUUGAUCUGCAAACCGAUAAUGUUUUGUAAUUCAUAUUAAAAAUUUUAGGCCACAUUUUAAAAAUAAAGAAAUGAAUACAUUUUAUAAUUUCCCUUGGAAUGCAAAUCAAAUUGGAAUAAAAAUCUUA